AUGGCAGCACCGCCCUCAGGUGAUGGCCCAGGGCGGCGAUGGCAGGGUGAAGGCGAGGUCAGCGCUGCCCCCCGCCUGCUGCAGCGACGACCCCCCUUUCCCCCGCACGCGACCCCCGACGCCGCCACCAUUGAGUCUCCGUCGCAGGAAACGGCGGGGUUGGGUCCCCUCGCCGAGCCCAAGAAGAAGACCAAAUGGCAGGACACCCUCCGCUUCUACCUCACGGCGAUCUUCACCCUCAUCGCCUGCAUCAGCUCCUUCGCCUUCCUGUUCCUCGUGCCCUUCGUGAUCGACCCCGCCUUCUCCACCAUCUUCGCCGACUUCGACCCUGAGCCCGUGGUGUGCGUCACCAAGGAGUCCGAGUUCUUCUUCGGCCUCAGCAACUGCUCGUGGUCGUCGUGCCGCGAGGGCUGCACCAGAGACAUCUUCCAGUGCUCCCACAUCUUCGUCAACUACAAGAAGGACACGAAGGGCGAGUUCAAGAAUGUCAACUUCACCGACGUCGACCUCCUGGACGACAUCAAGUGGGACAUGGAGGAUGCCCGUCUGUUCCCCAACGUGAAGGGCUGCGGCUACCCUCCCAGCGUCAACUGCACCACCUUCAACAUGAGCUACAGCACCCCGGGCAGGACGUACCCGUGCUACUACUCGAAGGAGCAGCCCACCACGGUCCUCACGUCCCUGGACAUCGAGGGCAUCACCACCGACCUCAUCUACGCCAUCGUGAUCCCGUGGGGCGCCUUCCUCGUGUCCAUCCUGUACCUCCUCAUCACCUACGUCGGCAUGAAGAAGCCGGAUUCGGACGGCGACGCCCCUCAGGAGGUCACGUCGGCCAAGGCGUCCAAGGAGGCGUCCAACUACUCCCUCAGGUCCAUCGGGAAAGACCAUCAACCACGGCAUGAACAAACUCAUGGGCGAGCCAGACGACAAAGGCGGGCAUGGAGGUGGCGGACGAGGAGGCGGCGGCGGCGGCGGCCUGAAGCAGCGCACUCUCACCUCGCCCUCCAUGCUGGGGUCCAACUUACUACUCGUGCCCGCGUCGCUGCCCCAAGUCCACCCGACCCGGCGCUCGACCCUCCCGCCGCUGGAGAGGACACCGCCGCUUCCCCGGCCCGCAAGCCCCUAAGAAUGUGCACAUCAAGUGAAACUCAUAAAUUAGACGUGAUAAUGGUGCCAAGUUUCCACAGUAAGUGAACUCUCUCUCUUCUC